AGGGAAAAAAGGGUUGUGAAACGGAUCUGGUCUGGAUCCUGCUGGGAUUCCGGCUCGGAGAAGAUGUUUACUUCUUGUGUCUAGGCUAAGAGAGAGACCCAUAUUCUUUUCCAAAAGAAAAAAAAAAUGAUUUUAUGCAAUUGGGGGGGGAAGUGAAGAUGCUUUAAAUUUUUCUUCCCUUUUUCUGUCUGAAUACUUCCACUAACUUUUGAUCUCCGGAGAAAAACAAACUUGGGUGUUGAGAGGUAUCAUGGGCAGCUUCAGAGGCCACGCUCUCCCUGGGACCUUCUUCCUUGUAGCCGGGAUUUGGUGGACGGUAAAGUACUCGAUUUGGCAUGCCACACGCAGGAACAAGGGCAUCGGUUCUACUCGUCUGGCCAGCAGAGCCUCACAGAGACGGCUGGAAAUCAUUGAGAGCUCAGUCAUACUCUUUUUCUCCCUUGUUGGGAUGUUGGCAGAACAGUUUGGAUCAGGUGGACCGAAGCUUCAGUUGUACGACUUCGUAGAGAAACACUGGGACCAUCUGCACAGCUGGCACCACGCCACCAUGUACUUGUUCUUUGGGCUCUUUGCAACUGUGUCUCUGAUUAUCCACACCACAGAAGCGGCGCCACUGGCACUGGAUCGGUUAAUGCUGGCUAUUGCUUUCUUUAAUGAAGGAUUUCUUUUUCUUUACCACCUCCAUGGCAGGAGCAUGCUGGAUGUCCACGUGCAUCUGCUCCUUCUGUACGCGGUCUUUGGAGAGACUCUUGUUGCCUUCCUGGAGAUCUUUCACCGAGGCAACAUCAUUCUGGAGCUGCUGCGGUGCACGCUCACGGUGGUUCAGGGCACCUGGUUCUGGGAGGUUGGUUUUGUGCUGUACCCGCCACGCGGCCCCGAGUGGGACUUGAAAGAUCCCAACAAUAUGAUGUUCAUUACCAUGUGUUACUCCUGGCACCUCGCCUUUGCCAUGCUUAUAGUGAGCGUGCUCUAUUGCAUCGUCAGCUGUGCGGUUCACUCCAGACUGAAGAAGACUCCUCCAGUGGAAAUGGGACUUCUGAAGGCAAGAGAGCGAGAUCCAGAGUCUGAGGAUGAGCUUAUGUGAGGAAGACUGUUGUGCAUCUACGUUGUGGCUCAUGAACAUUAUAGAACAAUCAGGGAUAAAACGCUCAAAUUUCCAGGAGCAGAAUAAGAAGCAAGGCACACAGAUGUGGAAACUGAUGUGGAUACGGAACCUUCACCUUAGAAAUGCAUCUCUACCUCUGCCUUAAUUAACCAGCUGUACAACCUUUUAAACAUACUUUUGUUAUUACCUCCACCAGAGAAGCUUUAUGAUUUGUUCAGUUUAUUUUUCAGCAGGAUUAUUGGACAGAUUUGCAUGAAACUCUUGUGGCUUGGCAAAAUUUGUGACUGUAUAUUAAAAACUAUAAAAAUAUGUGCAUUGCUAUCUGGAUCCAGAAGGUUUUGAAUCAUUUACCAUUGCAAGAGAACAAGACUGGAUGUUUCACAACAUCACAGCUACAAAAUACAGUUUUAAUAAUAAAUAUAAGGAGAUGACAUCUUUUGUGAAAAUAUAAAUUAAUCUGGAUCCAGAGAGUAGGUUCAUGCAAGGUUUGGAGGGGAUUACCUACCUUAGUGGAGGUAUGCAGUCACAAGCUGCUCUUAUUUAUUUUACAGCAAUAUAAUUUUCAUAUACUCUGUCAUAUCUUUGUUACUAAUUUGCACAUACAGUAUAAAUGAAAAGCUUUUAAUGGAUUUCAUGCUUUACUUUUGACUUGCUUAACUUUUUCCACAGUUUUAUAUUCAGUAGUACUAUUUUGUGGUGAAAAUGUCACUGCAUCAUCAUGUGUAUUACUUGAAAGCACUUGUUGUACAUUUUAUAUUGUUUCAUGUUAGCAAGUGACUCAGACCAAAUGUCAAACUAUAAAAAGAAAAAUAAAUUUGUUCAAACAGUAAAAAA